AUGGGACUGCCACCGUACAGCGGACCGUUCGAGGUCGGAGUGCUGGAUCUCGAGAUCCCCGUUCGCAAGCCACGAAGCUUCUGCAACAACGUGGUCAAUCCCGGAGAGCUCAAUAAGCCCGCCAAGAAAGCUCGGCAGUGGGCCGAAAAGCAAAACCGAGAAGCGAAAGAAAGCCGACAGGCAAAAAGGAAAGAGCAGUCAAGCAGCGCUCCAACGUCGACAACGGUUACCUCGGACAGCGCCGAUGCUUCGACCUCCGACGACGAUCCACAGCACCAGCAGCAGCCGUCGUCGUCAUCAUGCAACGACGGGAACUGUCCAGAAGAGCAAAGCGAUGAUUCGGACGAGACGGAUUCGCCAUGGUCACCAUGGACAACGGGGUCGAAGACAUGCACAUUGCAUCUCGAGACGGUGCUGUUUAGCAUUUACUACCCCGCACAGCCUAUGUCUGACGACGAGGUGAAGCAAUACCCACGGGCUGCGUGGCUGGGCCGUCCCAUCCAUGCGGGAGUGCGUGCUCUGAUGCAAUAUGUCGGUCAGUACGGCGUCUUUGCUCUUCCGGCCAGUCCGGCCGUCUUGUCGCUGAUCAACGCUCACCUGCCCGCCAGAGUCGGCCCGCCGCUUGCAGACCCGGAAGAGGUGCACAAGCAAUCGCACCCGGCUCGAUCCGACUCGGACCGCCCGACGAUUGGCAACUUUGGCAAGCGACCGCCGCAGCUGCCCGUGCUCAUCUUCUCGCACGGCCUGGCAGGCAACCGCCUGAGCUACUCGCAGUACUGCGGCGAGCUCGCGAGUCUCGGCAUCGUCGUCGCAGCCAUCGAGCACCGCGACGGCUCAGGUGUCAGCAGCAUCGUCCGCGGCGAAGAGGCCCCGGACAAAGCCAACCAGAGCGGAGCAGGAGGAGCAGGAGGGUCACUGCACAUUCCUCACAUCGGACACAAGUCUUCAGGCAGGAUGAAGGCUUCGGUACCUUAUUUUACAUUCGAGAAGAUUGGGCUACAGUCGUUUGCGACGGAUCCGUCUGAGCGAGAGGUGGAUCUACGUUGCGACCAAAUCGAGAUGCGACAGGCCGAGAUCGAGGAGACGGUCUACGUGCUCAACGAGAUCAAUGCCGGUCGCGGGUAUGAGAUCGUCCAGCGAUCUACGCGCAAUCUGGGGACCAAGCUAGCGGGGCAUGCCGGUCGCGCGCGUAACCUGCCCCGUGGUAGCUUGAUUGGCAGCGAACGACCGUUGCAUGAUUGGAAGGGCAAACUGGAUAUGGAAGUGCCGACGCUGUGCGGGCACUCGUUCGGCGGAGCCACGGUGAUCGAGAUGAUGCGCAAGCCCAACGUGUUCCCAAUGGCCAUGGUGCUAGACCCCUGGGUCGAGCCAGUACGCGAUCCAGCCAAGGAAGAAGACCAGGUCAAAGGACACCUCGUCAAGCCCAUCUACGUGCUGAACUCCGAGUCGUUUUCGGUAUGGCAAGAGCAUUUUGAAAAGCUCAAACGGAUCUGCUUGGAUGCCCGGAAGACGUCUGGCAGGGGUUGGCUGUUGACGUUGACAGGGAGCAAGCACACGGACUUUUCCGACUACCCCUUCUUGCUGCCGAGGAUCUUCCGUUCGACUGUGGGGCCCAGACACACGAUGGAGGUGUUUUGCAAGGCCACUUAUAUGCAGAUGGGUCUCUCGCGCCAGCGGCUGCACGAACAGCAGAACCAGCCGGAUUGCAAGGUGGACAGGCAGAGCUCACCUACCAAUGUCGCACCGGACAACGACAGGGCCGGUUUGCAAGGUGAAAUGGAGUCGGAUCGCGUCGAGCAGGUGGCCUCGCCAACAGAGCUGGAGCGGGCGGAAAAAGGGUGGGCGCCGUCGGGCAAGAGUCAAAGUGGAACGGAAGGGCGUGGGAACGUGGUUCAGUCACCAAUAUGCGAAACCAAACAAGGCUCAGUGCAGCAGCAUGAACACGUCGACGCCAACCUCAGCCCCGCCCAAGAAGGAUCAGCCACACCGACAAUUGACCGAGGUGGUACCGCCACCGUCGCAUCGCCAGAAACGCCCAGCCAAAACGACUGGAGCUAUCAAGAGCUCCACGAACAAAGCCAGCACGACCAGGCCGAAGUAGGCCAGCAGGCGCGAGACAUGGUCGGCGAGCGACACCGACAAAUGAGCUCCAGUGCAGGCGGCAACAGCGCGGCAGUGCUCGACAAGGGUUUCGUCACGGACGUUCGGUACCUCAAGAUGAUCGAUGCGGAUCAAGACGUACAGCAGGUGCAUGAGCAGCUGGAAGAAGUUGCUGAGCGCUUCAAGAACAAGAAGACACGCCCGCACUCGUUGAUGUCGCUGUUCAUGUACCUGAACGGCUUCAAACCCGGCCUCGAUCGACCUGGCAAGGUGCUCAUCCACCAGCUCAAUUCUUCCCAUCCUCCGAAAUAG